UCAGGUGUGCCAGCUUGUCACACAGCUGACCUGUGGUUUCAGUAAAAACCACAUGAGAAACUAAGGAGGGAGUGACUCUUUUAUUAUCUGAUGUACUGAGGUUUCCGCUCCUGAACAAGCUGCUGCUUCAUACAGUUUUAUAUAGUUGUAGAUGUCCAGGCUUUGUUAUUUAUUGAUGUAGCAGCAUCAGAAAUCAAAGCUGAGUUCUCUCUUGAGCUCCAGCAGCAAAUAUGUUUGCUUGAGUUUUCUGGCUUCCAGUUUGUCUUUCUAGUUUUAUUUGUUAUCUUUUGCUUUUCUGUAACAGUAGGAUCAACCUACACGUUUUACUGUUUGAGGAGGUUUUUAACAGUACAGAUUUGAAUUCGCUAAGCCUGAUUGGGUUUAUUUAACUAGAGGUUAGAGAGAGAGAGAGAGUGUGUAUGUGUGUGUGUGUGUAGCCAUGAAGGAAGAGAUUGCUGCUGCUGUGUUCUUUGUGGCUCGGCUGGUGAAGAGAUAUGGCUGUCUGGAUAAUGACAGUAGGGAGCGGUUCGCUGCUGCCCUCACCUCUGUUCUGUUUGAGAACUACAAGAACCACUGGCACCCGAAAGCACCCACCAAGGGACAGGCUUACAGGUGUCUGCGUAUGAACCGUGUACAGCUGCAGGACCCGGUGCUGCAGCAGGCCUGUGAGCGCAGUGUUGUGCGGUACGAGGAUCUGGGCCUUCCCCAGGAGCUGACGGUGUGGGUUGACCCUGGAGAGGUGUCCUGCAGGUACGGUGAACAUAGCACUCCAUUCUGCGUCUCCGUGGUGGACAGUUGCCGGCGUGGAGAUGGAGAAUUUUCCCGCCGAAUCCAUGAUGCUGUGGAGCGGGCAAGCCUUGACGUCCAAUCGGGAAGCUCUUCAGAUGAGGAGGAUGGGGGCGGAGACAACUGCAUGAGCAGCAGCAGUAGCAGCAGCAGCAGCAGCAGUAGUAGUAGUAGCAGCAGCAGCAGCAGCAGCAGCAGCAAUGGCGGCCUAUCAGCUCUCUGUCCUACUCCAAAUCCACCCACCAUCCCUGAACCCAAAACCAUCCCAACUGUCAGCAACCCCAACAGCGUCUACCGGUUCAGUGAGUUUUCUCCCGGUGCCCCUCAGACCUGGCUGAGGGAGAAGCGGAAGGCCUUUGCUGGGGAUUCAUUCCCACCUCACGCUCCUCCAGCUGGAGGUCCAACCUCCCAGUUCUCUGGCCAGAAGGGGUUCAAGUCCUAUCGAGCCACAUUUACCUUCACUGGGCCUCGUGUUGACAAGUACCACUGGGUCAGCAAAUCCCGAUCCUAGAGAAAGCCGUGCCUUCAACCUAGAACCAGAAUUGGGUUGCUGCUCAGGACAGGAGCUGUGAUGCUGGAUCAAAGCACCGUGUGCAGGGAAAAAAAGUGUCAGGACAGUUUAAAUAUCUUUAAAGGAUAAGAGUUUAUUAUUCAUACAUGAUUUAAAGUAAUAAUGUAAUGCUGUUUAAGCAAAUUUUUAAACUUUGAAAUCAAGUAUUUUAACUAAACCCUCCCUUCUAAAUGUUUUUAAACUAAAAUUAAAGUAAGUGUGAAUAAAGUAACAUUGAACUGUCAUUGAAAAGAAAUAAAUGCGUCUGUGUCAGCUCUGGUUAUUGUACAGUGUUUUCUCCAUUUCAUGUUUUGGCCCAUCUUUUGAAAUCAGGAUACUCCUGACUAAAUUUGAAUUAACUGAUCAUGAAUUUCUUCAAGCCAAAAGCAAAACAGAGCUUUACAAUCAACAAACAACUUUAAUCCUGCAGAACAAUGACGUAGGAUAAAAUCAUUACAAAUAAUUGUAGCCACAUAAUAUUGCUGCUA